AUGUCAGUUACUUAUAAUACUUUAACCUUAAAAAAUGGUGUAGAAAUGUUUUACAGAGAAAGUGGUAAAUCGAAUAAUGAGACUUUAUUAUUAUUACAUGGAUUUCCUACUUCCUCCAGACAAUUUAGCCAUUUGAUUCCUUUAUUGAGCAACAAAUUCCAUGUUGUUGCUCCAGACUUGCCAGCUUUUGGGGAAACCAAAAUUCCUGAAGAUUUCGAAGUUACCUUCGAUAACCUUUCAAAAUCCGUGGGUUUAUUAUUGAACGAAUUGAAAAUUUCAACUUUUUCAGUUUAUAUUUUCGAUUAUGGUGCACCAACUGGUUUAAGAUUAGCUUUGGAAGAUCAAUUCACCGUUAAAGCCAUUGUUUCCCAAAAUGGUAAUGCUUAUAUUGAAGGUAUUCAAGAGUUUUGGGAUCCUAUUAGAAAAGUUUGGGAUUUGGUUGAUAAAUCAGAAUUAACACCAGCUGAAAAAGAACAAUUAGAGAUUGAAAGAGAAAAUUUAGCUCAAAGUUUAUUCAUGAACUUGAAACCUUAUACUUGGCAAUAUUUCAAUGGAGAACCAGAUGGAACAAUUGUUAACCCUGAAGAUGCUAAGGUUGAUUUUGAAUUAUUGAUGAAUUAUCCAAACACCAGACAUAAUCAAUUGGCUUUAUUUACUGAUUACAGAAAAAACUUACCGUUAUACCCAAAAUUCCAAGAAUACUUUAGAGAAUCCAAUGUCCCUAUUUUAGCAAUUUGGGGUGUCAAUGAUUUUAUUUUCCCUAAAGAAGGACAAGAAGCUUUCACAAGAGAUUCUAAAAAUGUCAAAGUCGUUGAAUUAGAUGCUGGUCACUUUGUUAGUGUUAACCAUGCUUCAAAACUCGCUGAAAACAUUUUAGCUUUCUUUGAAGAAUAUAAUUUAUAA